AUGUCAUUUGAUAUCGAGAUAUCCACCUCUUUGCCAGCAUUUAAGAACGUCAAGAAGCCUUUUACAUUUCAAGAUCUCUUGGGUGAACUUCGCAAUAAAAUUUACGAGCUUCUACUUUGUGACUUCGAAGAAGUGUUGGUUCCAUGCCAAUUUUCUGAUCUACCGUCGCCUGAUCAGGUGGCUAUCACCAGACACCAUAUUCAUCCUCAGAUCUUGAGAACAUGCCGACAAAUGUACCAAGAGGGCACAUAUUUGAUGCGAAUGAAAAACCUCUUUGUCAGAUUUGAGUGCGAAGUCUCACCCUACCAGAGUACCCUUGCACUUCUAGAGAUCAAAGUUCCUUUUCUCGUACCCGACCCGUCCACUUCAAGGGACUUCAAAGGAACCUUCUUGACCCACAAGAUUUGUUAUCGGAACUCUAGAUCACGCCCUCAACCAAGUGCGACCUUCAUCCUAUUAGCACGUCAUAUUCCCGAUCUGUGUCGAGUAUUGUCUAAAAUUAGAUGGAAAAUCAACCUACAUGACGAGAAUGUCAAGCACAUUGUGACUCUGACCGAUCCCUAUGCGGAACAGAUCUCUGGAUUCUCUGCCUUGUUCGGGUCGGUAUAUGCAUUAUUUUCCCCACCGAGAGGAAUCGAAUCUUUCUUGACUCGAAAGAAACAAGAAGAACUCAUAGCUCCAUACCGCACCCAUCUGAAAGCAUUCCCUAACCUGGAGUUCAAUGGUGUAAUACCUAAAGAUUUACAAAAAAUCGCGACAUCAGAAAUCGCUUUAAUGCCAGAGGUGUACAGCGAAAAUCAGAUACAAAUAUUCGAGGACAAUAUUGAACACAUGACGGAUCAGGGACAAAUAUUCUUUGUUGAGAAAAGAUAUGUCAAAGCUAUUAGGGUAUGGGCUCAGUGUCAAGAAUUGAUAUUCAGUCAAUGCUCGGGCAAGCGAGGAGAGCGCUUACUCAAAGGGUUAGGAGUGGCAUCUCUGAAUAAUGUCGCAGAUAUACUUUUUCAUAUUGCCUGUAUGCGCGCGGAAACCACACUUCACCUAAUGAAAACAAAGUGGAUAGGAAACCACGAGAAGAUAGUCAUUGAGGCGACAUUGAUAGCCAAGGCGGAAGAGGACUACAAUACCUGGCUAGGGGAUCAUAAAGAAGAGGUGACUCAUAUAUACGACGGAGACAGAGAUGCGAGGAUGUUUUUCAACUUAUCGAAGAUAUUUCAACAGUCGGGUCAUCUGGAAUGGGCGAUUGAGUCAAUCGUGCAAGCUCGUCGUAUAGAUCCCAAUGACUGGGAAUUCGUUGAUGAAGAGGCUAGGGUUCGCUCGGCUAUCUCCAAAGAAUUUAGAAGAAAGUGGAUACCAAUCUAUGGCACUUCAUACGCAAUUCUCAACCCAAAACGUUUUUUGGAUAUGAAAUUCACUUUUUAA